AUGUCUGUCAUGGGCGCGAGCGGCGCGGGCCCGGGCCCAGACCGCUGGAAAGAGCUGGAGAUGAAGCUCACGGAAGUUUGCCAGCAGCACCAGGAAAGCAUCCAGAGGUGCUUUGCAGACUUCGUGCAGCAGGCGCCAGCUGUGGCGAGUCAACUGACACUGGUCGAGAGCAAGUUUGCGGAUGCGGUGCCGAACCCCCCAUUGGCUCGAGCUCCAAGCCGUCAAAGCCGGCUUCCUCCGCUCGAUGCUGUUGUGAGCCCCUCUGCUAAGACUGCACGAUUCGCCGAGAUCAGCGAUGCUCCGCUGCCCCCGACGGCCUUGCCACCCACAUUGCCUCCACCCCGCUCGCCUGGGCCUUCCGACCCGGAAAGCCCAGAAAGAGCAGAAAGUGGCACGAAGGCUGAGGUAGCAGCGGAAGCGCCGGGUGCGCCCAACGGCUCCGCCUUGGAAGGCGGAGCAAGGGAAGUUCAAACUGACACGAAGGCUGCGGAACCAGAGACAGCAUCGCCAAUCGACCCUGUGGAAGUUCCAGGACUGGCUAACGUGGCUGAAGAGCCAGCCAACCAGACCUCAGAUUCACCACUUCAGAAAGGACUUGUGCCGCGCAGCUCAAGAAGGAGAAGUGCGCAGUUGCCGGCCGAAGAUUUGCCUGAAAUUGAAGAGGGUCAAUCUCUGGGCGAUCCAGGACUCUCGGCGGUGACCGGGUCCUGCAGCACAGGUCUCGCACACCAUGUAAAGCUGAGUAAUUCCAAGGAAUGGUCCAAUGACGAUGAGCCUCCCGACACGUUGCCAGGCGUUCCGGAUGGGCUGGUCACAACCCCACAGCUGCAGUCACUGCAUACACUGCAGUCUGGAGACUCUGAGGGCAACCCAGGCCGCAACAGGAGCAACCCUGGCCUUCGAAAGUCCAAUUUCAUCGCUCACGAAAACCGACGGAAAGUUUUCGAGAAGCAGAGCAAGAUUCAGCGCCUCACGGAAUCUCCUGCUUUUGAGUCAGUCAGUGGCUUCCUCAUCCUCCUAAACUGUUUAUUUGUGGCUUGGCAAACGCAAGCCAAAGCCUUGGAUGACGAGUUUCGCGCCAAAGCAGGCCUGGAGUUGGUCGUCUCAGAGCCAUUCGAAUUCACGGUUCUUCAGGGCAUCUUCCUGGUAUGCUUUUCCUCCGAGCUCGGGCUUCGGUUCAUGGCCGACAAAUGGUAUCUCUUCAGCUGCUCCAACCCGAAUGCUUUUUGGAAUUGGUUGGAUCUAAUGGUGGUUACUUUUGACUUGGUGAGCAUCUUCCUCGAAGUCUGGGUUCAAUUCAGCCUCCUCCGGGUAAUACGUGUUAUCCGGGUCAUCCGUGUUGCCAAGAUGAUUCGCGUCAUGAGAACCUUCCAGGAGCUUAGGCUUCUGAUGCACUCCAUUAUCAGCUGCAUUCGAUCCCUGAUCUGGGUUGUGGCAGUUCUGUGCCUGAUGCUGGGCAUGUUCUCCGUCAUGUUCACGUCUGCAGUUGGGUCGACUUUGGACACAGCAGUGCAACGACGGGAUCCUGCAAACAGUGUGCUGAUUGAACAUUUUGGCACACUGGACCGCUCAACCAUCAAUCUCUACAUGGCCAUGACCGGUGGUACCGACUGGUCGGUGCAGUAUGAUGCCAUGCGCCCCCUUUCUGGCAUCUACCUGGCGUUAUUCCUCCUAUAUAUCACAUUUAGCAUCUAUGCCUUGGCAAAUGUUGUCACAGGUAUCUUCCUUGAAAAUGCUCGCAACUCCGGCAAGAGAGAUCGGGAGCAUGUGAUCGCAGAAGAGCUGCAGACCAAAACACAGUUCCUUCAUGAACUUCAGAGAGUAUUUGAUGAAAUGGAUGCCAACGACAGCGGGACCAUUAGCAAAGAGGAGUUCGAGGGCACACUUCAAGAUGAACGAGUGCAGGCUUAUUUCAACGCCAUGAAAUUGGAUGCCCGGGAAGUGGAGUACUUGUUUGCCCUCCUCGACUUCGAUGGCUCAGGUGAAGUCAGCUACAGCGAGUUCGUCGAUGGCUGCUGGAAGCUGCAGGGUGAGGCAAGAAGCCUCGACAUGAAGAUUUUGCAACUUGAGAUCGAAUCCUUGUCGAAGUUGGUGCACCACGUCUUGGCCAAAGUUUCCACUGAGUCCAGGCUGAGGCCGAUCGAAGAUGAUGCGCAUGCGGGAAGGCCGGAAGAGAGGAGCUAUUUCUCACGGCCUUCUGAGGGCAUCCUGGGAUCCUUUGCGCCAGAGGAAGGCACAGGGAUACCAGACGUCCCUGACAAAGACUGCGAGAUGCCUUUGGAUCGACGUGAGCAGUUCCUAGCGGCCACGAAGCGAAGGCAUGAGGUGCAGUGGCAGCUCGAAUCGGAAGAAGAAGAGGAAGAAGAAGGCUCUAAUGUUGUAAUUGAGGAGCCCGUCGCGAGCCCUGCUCCGGAUAGCCGAACCACAAAGCGCCACCGUGUCGGCGGAGAAACACGAAGCGCUCCUGGGAAACGAGGGGGGCAGGGUGGAUGGCAGCUCGGGAAGCAGCCAAUCGAGAUGCAGUUGACCAUGGAGACUUUGAAUACGCAACGGCUAGACGCGCUGGAACGAGCGUCAAGCCGCCUGGACACGGACCUCCAAGGUGCCCGCGAGACGGACCGGAUGCGGAUGCUGCAGCCGGACGAAGCCGUGGCUGCAGCUUCGAUGCAGACACCAGGCAUCGGAAGGACAAAGACUGCCUUGGAAGAAACCAUGGCACGCCUUCCGCAGCCUUUGAGUGCCUUGCGGCCCUGGGUGCAGGCUGAGGUGCGAGUGUCGCGAUGGUUUCAGCACGGCAGAGCCUUUUCCAGCUCUGCCAGUUUCAAAGCCGAAGAUCGGCACUGGAAUCCCGGAGUGAUCUUGGCUGGAGCAGGCUUAGCCUUGGGUUACUACUCGGAGUAUGGGAAAAAAGGACGACCUGGCUGUGAAGAAAAGGACUGGUGGAAGGACCCUUCCAAAUGCUCAGACGCGAGCUCGCUGUGGCAGCGAGGAUGGAAUAGUGAUUGGGACGGGCGAGCUCCGCCAACGUCUCUCACCACGCCGGUCAAGACAACAGGACCGAUUCGUCAUCUCUUGCUCAUCCGGCACGGGCAGUAUAAUUUGGAUGAUGAGGAACAUGGGCUGACCGACCUGGGCCGUGAGCAGUCGGCAAAGCUUGGGCAGAGGCUCCUAUCGGAAAGACUCGGUUUGAAGAAAGAUCGAUAUGGAGAGGUCCAAGUGCAAUACAGUGGCAUCUGGGUCAGCACUGUUACCCGAGCACGUCAGACAGCGGAGAUUCUGUCCAGCUACUUGCCGGAUGUUCCAGUGCAAGACCCAGAUCCACUUCUGGCCGAGGGCAAACCAACUGUGCCCCAUCCCACCUCGCAGCAGCCAGCACGACCUGCCGACAUUUGGGAAGAUUCUGCGCGCAUGGAAGCGGGCUUCAGGAAGUUCGUGCACCGCGCUGUUGACCACAAGCGGCUUGCCGAAAAGGAAGCCAAGAGGGAGAAGAAGCUUAAGAAGGAGCUCGGAGAAGGAUAUGUCCCACCGGAAAAGCAAGAGGCAGAGAGGACGGAGAGCGAGAAGGAACCAGAGCCGCAGCGCGUCUACGAGAUCUAUGUGUGUCACAUGAACUUGAUUCGCUACUUUGUAAUGCGUGCGCUUCAACUUCCGCCAGAAGCUUGGCUUCGUCUGAGGGGCGACAACGCAGGCAUAACCGAGAUCAUCAUUCACCCGGACGGGCGAGUCAGUUUGUCUCGGUUUGCGGAUGUCGGCCACUUGCCCAUCGAGAUGGGGCAGGGCAAGAGCAGCAUCGGCUGUGCGCACCUGGCCCAGCUGGAAAAGGCGUUGGCGGACACUGCCGUGCUGCAAAGUCGCGCAACUGCAGCACUGGAGCGAAUUGCAAGGCAGCAAUCUGCUCUGAAGCGCAUCCCGGUCGCGUGUCCGUCAUGUGGCUCUUUCAAUGUCCCUCAAGGCUCUGCCUGGCACACUGGUGACCUCAUCUCAUGCCAGGACUGCAGCCAGUCUUUCCUGCCCUUGAGCAGCUUCCAGGUCCGGGAGGAUCUGAGCGUUUUGAAGACCGCCGUCCAACGGCUUAGGGAUCAGCAGGAGCGGAUUCAGUACUUGGAAUGCUGCGUGGCGAAGAGCGAGGUGUCCAUGAGCCCUGUGGCAACGGCACGACCCUCCAAAGCACCAGAGGAAGCCUUGACACGAAAGGCACCAGCGCGUGGACCGAUGGCAUCGCCGCAUUUUGCCCCGCAGAUUAUGAGCCCGCGAUGUCCGCGACAGGCUGGACUCGGGCCCUCAACGGAUUCAACAAGCUCGCCAGAUGCAUCGCCUGGGCACCCCUUUUUGUCGCCGUGCUCCCCGUCCCGCAGGCUGGAUCAGUUCGGGUUUUCCGCCCAGCUGGAGCAGUCCCAGAGCCCAGCUGCAGGUGUCGGCCGUACGCCUGCUGGGUUCAACGAUCGAGGAGAGGCUCUGUCAGCACCGAGGGCCCAGGCAAAGGAGAAGCCGCCGAUACUCAUGCCUUUGCUGGACACUCAAGAUCUCCUUACCAACAGUUCGUCGUCUUCAGCUCCGUUGUGCUUCCAUGGAAACAAGCUUUCGCGUUGGCAGAUGGACACCGAGCAAAAGACUCGAGAGGCGCUGCAGCGCAUGCGGCAAGAGUCCAAGGGCAAGGGCCGAGCCAGAAAGGAACGUGAGGAAGGUGAGAUCGCCUCGGCCUCCGAGUCGGAGGGGUCGAGGUUGACGAGUUGGGAUGCCAGGCCUCAAUCUUUGGUGGCUGGGCCACAGGCAAUUCUGCAGAAGUGGGUGCCA